GGGCGGGGCCUGCACGGGGCGGGCCCUCCCUGGGCACGUGGCCUGAGCGGUGGGCGGGGUCGCCAUGGCGGGCAGCGGCGCGGAGGAGCGCAUGUACUCGCGGCAGCUGUACGUGCUGGGCAGCGGCGCGCGGCGGCUGGCCGGGGCGGCGGUGCUGGUGUCGGGGCUGCGCGGGACCGGAGCGCAGGUGGCGGCGGCGCUGGUGCUGGCGGGAACCGGGCGCGUCGUCCUGCACGACCGCGGCACCGCCUGCACUGCCGACCGCGCCCACCAGUUCCUCCUUGGGGAGAAUGAUAUAGGCCAGAACCGUGCCGAGGCAUCCCAGCGGGCCCUGGCCGAUCUGAACCCCCGCGUGGUGGUGGCUGCUUACACCGGGGAGCUGUUGGAGGACUUCCUCACCUCCUUUCAGGUGGUGGUGCUGACCGAGUCACCGCUGGAGGAGCAGCUCCGUGUUGGGGACUUCUGCCAUGCCCAGGGCAUUUGCUUCAUCGUGGCUGAUGCCAAGGGGCUGGCAGGGCAGCUGUUCUGCGACUUUGGGAAGCACUUCAUUGUUGAUGACCCAGCAGAAGGGGACCCACUGUGUGCCACUGUGCAGCACAUCUCCCAGGGCAACCCAGGCGUGGUGACAUGCAUGGGAACAGAGGACAGCCAUGGCCACCUUUUCUGCGAUGGUGACCUGGUGACGUUUUCUGGAGUGGAGGGGAUGGUUGAGCUGAACGGCCAGGAGCCCGUCCCCGUGCGUGUGCUGGAUGCCUUCAGGCUGGAGAUCAACGACACCAGCUCGUUCUCACCCUACUGCCGCGGGGGGCUGGUUUCGCAGGUGCGGCUGCCCCAGGUGCACUCCUAUGAGCCCCUGUGCCAGUCACUGGCAGAGCCCAAGAUCCGGGUGGCAAGUCCUGAGGAGCUGCCACGCAGCCGCAGCCUACACACCGCCUUCCAGGCCCUGCACGCUUUCCGCAGGGAGCAGGGCCGCCUGCCCCGGCCCAGGGUGCCGGCAGAUGCCGAGAGGGUGCUGGAGCUGGCACGGAGCCUGGGAGUGCAGCAAGGUCCCCUGGACGAGGACGUCGUGCGAGCCUUUGCCAGCGUGAGUGCGGGGGACCUGUGCCCCGUGGCUGCCGUCGUUGGGGCCCUGGCAGCCCAGGAAGCGCUGAAGGCCAUCACUGGGAAGUUCCUGCCCCUGGACCAGUGGUUGUACUUCGACGCCCUGGAGUGCCUGGGGCUGGAGGGGGCCGCGCAGCUGGCGGAGGAGGACUGCGCCCCGAGGGGCUCCCGCUAUGAUGGCCAGAUCGCUGUCUUCGGGGCUGCCUUCCAGGAGCAGCUGGGCUGCCAGAAGUACUUGGUGGUGGGAGCCGGCGCAGUUGGCUGCGAGCUGCUGAAAAACUUUGCCAUGAUGGGGCUGGCGGCGGGGCCAGGUGGGGACCUCACUGUCACUGACAUGGACACUGUCGCCCUCUCCAACCUCCAUCGGCAGCUCCUCUACCGCUCAGCAGAUAUAUCGAGGCCGAAGUCGGUGGUGGCUGCAGAGGCCGUGCGGCGCAUGAACCCUGAUGUCAGGGUGACGGCUCACCAGAACCAGGUGGGACCUGUCACUGAGCCCUUCUAUGGGGACAACUUCUUCCGGCGCCUGGAUGGCGUCGCCAGCGCCCUGGACACACUGGAGGCCCGUGCCUACUUGGAGAGCCGCUGCCUUCGCUGCCUCACGCCACUGCUGGACUCUGGCACAGAGGGAGCACGGGGGAACGUGCUGGCCAUGGUGCCCCCCCUGACCAAGCCACUGGGGCCAGCUGGCACCCCGGGGAAUGGCACCUUCCCUGUCUGCACCCUGCGGUACUUUCCCCGCACCAUCCAGCACACACUGCAGUGGGCCCGUGAUGAGUUUGAGGGGCUCUUCCAGCUGCCCGCGGAGCAUGUCAGCCAGUUCAUGGAAGACCCAGCUUUCCUGGAGCAGCUGCCAGCAGCGAAGGCCCUGGAGGUCCUGCAGCAAGUGCAGGGGAGCCUGCAGGAGCGGCCACGGGACUGGCAGGACUGCGUGCGCUGGGCCCGCCGGCACUGGCAGAGCUGCUACCACGAUGCCAUCACCCAGCUGCUGCACACCUUCCCCCCGGAGCACGAAACCAGCCCUGGUGUCCCCUUCUGGGCAGGGGAUAGGACCUGUCCCUAUCCACUGACAUUCAACCCUGACAACGACACCCACCUGGAGUACAUCCUGGCCGCUGCCCACCUCUUUGCGCAAGCACACAAGGUGCCACCAUGCAGAGACCGGGCAGCCGCCCAGACCAUCCUCCGCAGCAUGGUCCUGCCACCCUUCGUGCCCCAGGAGGGGCUCCACAUCCCCCUCACAGAGGAGCAGGAGGAGGCACGGAUGCCUGCGGACCAUGGUGGGCUGGCGGAGCUCCUUCAGGACCUGGUGCAGCAAAGGCAGGAGCUGGUAGGCGGUGAGGAGGUGCGAGUGCCCCUGAUGGAGCCCAUCUACUUUGAGAAGGACAAUGACAUCCACGUGGACUUCAUCACAGCAGCAUCCAACCUGCGUGCAGAGAACUAUGGCAUCCCCCCUGCCAACUGGCUGACGAGCAAGCGGAUUGCGGGGCGGAUCGUGCCUGCCAUCAUCACCACCACAGCAGCCGUGGCUGGGCUGGCAUGCCUGGAGGUCUACAAACUGGUGUGGGGGUGCCAGGACCUCAGCUGCUACCGCAACAGCAACUUCUGCCUGUCCGACUGCCUGCUGCUCCGCAUCCAGCCCCUGCCGCCCCCCACCUACCGGUACGGCGGGAGAGAGUGGAACUGCUGGGACCGGCUGGAGAUGCAGGCAGUUGGCACAGAUGGGCAGGAGGCAACAGUGCAAGAGGUGCUGGACUGGCUUCAGAGGACACAUGGCUGGACCGUGACCAUGCUCCUGUGUGGCCACACCGUGCUCUACGACAGGGAGGAGGAUGAAGAGACACGGGCCCAGCAGCAGGCACAGAGGUUAUCAGAGAAUCUGGAGGAUACUGGGGAGCUGCGACAGCGUGAGCUGGAGCUGCUGUAUGUGUGCGAGGGAGAGGAGGCUGAGACUGAAGAUACCCGUCCCCCUCUCCUCUGCUCCCUACCCUAAGCGAGGGGCCGGCACCCCCUGUCCCAUCCAAUAAAAACUGCAGGAUGCAUUA